GAAAGGAGGAAAUAAAUUUAGCUUGCUUCCAGGAAACAAAAAUGGAAAGAAUUGACAAGGAUUUUUGCAUGUCUAUUUGGGGAAGAGAUAAUUUUGACUGGGUAUAUAAGGCAUCAGUGGGUAGAUCAGGAGGUCUACUAUGUGUGUGGGAUAAUGACAUUUUUGUGAAAGAAACAGUUAUUGAAGUUCCUGGCGCCUUAGCUAUCUAUGGCUUUUGGGGAGAGAAGAAGCAAAAGUGCUGCAUAGUGAAUGUUUAUGCAUCAUGUAACAGGAAUGAAAGGCUGGAAACAUGGAUAGAGAUAUUGAAGAUGAUUGAUGAAGGAGAAAAUUACUGUUGCAUCGCUGGAGACUUUAACAGUGUGAGAUCAGCAGAAGAGAGAAGAGGCAGAUCUGAGCAUUCUAACUACAGGGAGGAUCUCAACGAAUUUAUUGAACUAGCAGGAUUGGUUGAUCUACCACUAACAAGAAGGAAAUUUACUUGGUACAGGAAUGAUGGGUCAGCAAGGAAUAGGCUAGACAGAUUUCUCUUAUCUGAUGGUAUGCUUAAUUUCUGGGGUGAUUGCUGCCAAAUUGGACUUAAUAGAACUACAUCUGAUCAUUGUCCAGUGAUGUUAAAGAAGGUUAAUAGCAAUUGGGGCCCAAAACCAUUUAGGACCUUAAAUUGCUGGGACCGGCAUCCAGAAUUCAUCAAAGUGGUUGAGGAAAACUGGAAAUCUACAGAGGUGGAGGGAUGGAAGGGUUAUGUGUGCAAAGAGAAGCUUAAAAGAUUGAGGAAUAAAUUGAAGAAAUGGAACAGUGAAGUCUUCGGAAGUUUUGAGAAUCAAAUUGCAGAGGCAGCAGCAAAAAUCAACGAAGUUGACAAUAAGAAUGAGGACGGAGAAAUAACAGAGGAGGAUAUCUUGCUAAGAAGGGAACGUUUUAGUGAAUUAUGGGAAGCAUGGCAAAGAAGAGAAGUGGCAUGGAAACAGAAGACAAAGCUCGACUGGGUACAGCAAGGAGAUGUUAAUUCCAAGUUAUUCCACAGAGUAAUGAACAGUAACAGGAGGAGAAAAUUGAUUCGGGGCAUAUACAAAGAUGGAGUUUGGAUAGAGGAACCGAGUGUGGUGAAGCAGGAAGUGCGUGAAUACUUCAAUAAAAUCUUUCAAGAAGAGCAGUGGGAUAGGCCAAAACUGGGUGGGCUACAGUUCAAACAGCUAAAUGAAGAAGAUAGCGUUUGGCUAGAAAGAGAAGUGUCAGCAGAAGAAGUGAAACAAGUAGUGUGGGAUUGCGGAGGAGACAAAUCUCCUGGUCCCGAUGGAUUCAGUUUCCAUAUUAUCAAAUCCAUUUGGAAUGUGAUUGAGAAAGACAUAGUUGAUUUUGUCCAAGAGUUCUCCAGGAAUGGCAAACUAGUAAGGGGGCUAAACUCUUCAUUUAUUGUUCUUAUCCCAAAAAAAGAUAAUCCUAUUGAUUUAAAAGACUACAGACCCAUCAGCCUGAUUGGUAGUCUUUAUAAAAUCUUAUCGAAGGUGCUGGCAAAUAGGAUUAAGAAAGUACUACCCAAGGUGAUAAGCGGGACACAAUCAGCCUUUUUGGGAGGAAGACAGAUCACAGAUGGUAUUCUGAUCCUUAAUGAAGUGGUAGAGGAAAUCAGGAGGAAAAAGAUUGGUAGCUUCAUUUUCAAAGCAGAUUUUGAAAAGGCAUACGAUAGCGUGAAUUGGGUUUUCCUGGAUGAAAUGAUGAGAAGGCUUGGAUUUGGGGAAAAACGGAGAUUGUGGAUUAAGGAGUGUCUACAAACAGCUUCAGCAUCAGUGCUUGUUAAUGGAAGCCCAACGGAAGAAUUUAAAAUGGAGAAAGGGUUAAGACAAGGUGACCCGAUUGCGCCGUUCCUCUUCCUUAUUGUGGCUGAGGGUUUGAAUGUACUAAUCGAAUCAGCUGUCAACAAGGAAUUAUUCCAAGGAAUUCCUAUAGGCUCCGGCGGUCUUAACAUCUCACAUCUCCAAUUCGCUAACAAUACUGUUAUAAUGGGGAAGGCAAACCCGAGCAAUAUUAAAGCAGUGAAAGGGAUUUUGAGAUGGUUUGAAUUGAUCUCAGGCUUGAAGAUUAAUUUUAACAAAAGUGUCUUGUACUCAUGCCAUGUUUCGGAUGAAUGGAGGAGAAUGGCAGCUGCUAAUCUUAAUUGCAAAUCUGGAUCGUUCCCUUUUACCUACCUCGGGAUGCCAAUAGGUGACAGUAUGUGUAGAAGAAAGCCUUGGAUACCAGUUAUUGAUAACUUUAAUAAAAAGCUGGCAGUUUGGAAAGCGAAAAGCCUGUCGAUCGGUGGCCGAGUUACAUUGCUAAGGUCUGUUCUCUCUGCCCUCCCAAUUUAUUUUAUGUCCAUCUUUAAAAUUCCUAAAAUUGUGCUUCAUGAACUUGUUUGCUUACAAAGAAAAUUCUUGUGGGGUUAUACGGAGGAGAAGAAUAAAAUAGCAUGGUUAAGUUGGGAGAAAGUUUGCAAGGGUAGAAAUGAAGGUGGGCUUGGUGUGCUCGAUCUGGAAUGUAGGAAUAUAGCUCUAUUAGGGAAGUGGUGGGACAGAUUUGGGAAGGAAGAUAAUAGUUUAUGGAAGAGCAUUAUUGUAGAUAAGUUUUAUGGAGGAAGUAAGGUGUGGGAUAUUAAAGAAGUUCAAGCUAGGAAGGCUUCCACACUAUGGAGAAAUAUAGUGGCACUAGGAGAUGAAAGGGGUAGAGGUGCUCGGAUGUAUAGAGAAGGAUUCCGCUGGAAGUUGGGGAUGGGUGAUAAAAUCAACUUUUGGAAGGACAAAUGGAUAGGAAUUGAAACUUUGAGGGACUCUUUUCCUAGAUUAUUUAAUCUGGCCUCUAAUAGGAAUGCCAAAAUUAUGGAGGGAAAAGAAUGAAGAACAAAGAUUAAAGGAGAUUCUUAAGA